AUGUCAUAACUUCAUAUAGUUAUCUUAAUCGUCAAAUUCAUCUAAGGAGAAUCAUAAGUCCGAAUAUCAAUGAAUUAAGAUUAUCAAUUAAUGACUAAUUCAUUUUUGAUUAAUUCAUAAGACUAUUAAGCAAAUUCCUAUUUUUCAUAUGGGAUAUGGAGUAGAUAUACCCCUUUGGGAAGAAAUAAUUAAGUAGGAACUAUUGGAAUACUUGAUAGCUCAUGUUUUCAUCUACACAACGCUAUGGGGUAAUCUACAAAGUUAUUAAAUUUCAUAUUAUUUGAUUGCCUUGAAUACCCAGCUUAAAUAAUAAAAAGAUAGAUCUUAUUUAAAGCAUCAGAUGAGAAUUGGUAUUCUUAUGAAGCUAUAAUAAAUAAUUUCAUGUAUGAAUAUACUUGGCAUUAUUUUGAAAUUACAUCAUGGCCCUUUGAAAAAAAACUUCAAUUAAUUUUUAUUUAAGACAAAAAAACAGUUUUAAAUAAAAUAAUAGAUGUUAGAAUUCCAUACAGCGAUAUUGAUUUACAAUUAACUUUUGGAGGUGGAUUAUUGAUAGAUCAAUAUCAAGAUAUUCCGAAUUUAGAAAAAGGUACAAAAUUCUCUUUUUUUCCUGGAAAGAUGGAAUUAUAGCCUAUUUAUAUAGGGAUGUAUAAAAAGCUAAGUGAUUAUUUAUUAGUGACAAAAUUAUUUACUGUUGAAUGUCAAUGUCAAUUUAAUUCUGUUAGGUAUGCUAACGAUAAAGAUUUGAAAUUUUUGGAAUCAUAUUCAUUUACAUCUUAAUAUCCUAAUUGUGAAAAUUUUGGUUUAGCAACUUGGAUUAGAAUAACUAAUAUUAAAAGUGACAUUUCAGAAUUUACAUAUAAUGUAAUGAAAUUGUCAGCAACUUUUAGUAACUCACAAUUAGCAAAUGAAAAUUUGGCAGCAUUUUAAUUAUCAUAUUUUUUAUCACCACUAAGAAAUAAAAUAUUAAUAAGUACUUACAGUUAUACAUUCCCUUUGGUGAAUUUAGAUUUCUCUGAUAAUCCUUUUCUCAUAUAAAGAGAAAUUGAUCUUUAUAAUGAUAUAAAAUUGUGGCAUUAUUUAGCAGUAGGUGUAAUUAACAAUGAAUUUACAAUUUUUAUCACAUUUUAUGAAGAUUUUCUGGAAUAUUACUAUGAAAUGUACGAAUCAGUAAAUCAUUUUCAUAUGGUAAGAUAUUAAUUAGAAUAUGGAAAUAUUAAAAAGUAAUCUAAUUAUUUUGAUGUUUAAUUUAAAAAUUUGAAUUUUGAUAAUUGUCCAUUUUAUAUUGAUUAUUUUAAUUUUUGUCAUUUUAGCUGUGAAAGAUGUGAUGGUCCAACAGAUACAGAUUGUUUAUCUUGUUCAGAAUCUUCAAAUCGUAUAUAUAUAAGAGAAUAUAAAACCUGUAUAUGUCCAUAUGAUACUAUUGAUGAUUAUUAAUGUAGAGGAUUUGAAUAAUAUAAAUUUUCUCUUAAUUAAAUUGACGCAAAUCAAUCAGUGGAAUGUUUAUUUGGAUAUUUUGAGUUUGAAGACUAAUGCACAAAAUGGUAAUAAUAUUUACAUCAUAUUAUAGUCCAUCAAUUAUUUAAGAUAAUUUUUUAACAUGUUUAGAUUGCUUAUUUAAUCCAAAUACUUGGUCUAAAAUAUUAUCUUGUGAAAUUAAUUUAUACUUAAAUGAUGAAGGUUAAACAUCAAAAAUUAUAAAUUAAGAAAAAUAAUACUUUAUUUCAGAUGGAAAUGAAUUCAAACCUUGUUUAAAGUGUAAAAAUUAUGAAGAUACAAAUAAUUCAUUUGAAGAUUCUAAGCAAACUAUCAAAGAAUUUCAAUAUUUCUGUUUAAAAAAUUCUAUUGACUUAUUUGUUCAAAAUAAAGAUUGUUUUUAAUGCUACAUAUAAGACUGUAAACUUUGUAGAAUCACACUAUUUAAGCAAGAAUGUAUUAUUUGUUGGUAAGGUUCUAAACUCAUUAAUGGAGAGUGCUAAAUGUAGGUUUUUAUACUACAACCAAAAAUUAAUUGCGUUUAACCUUAUUAUCUAGAUUAUCAAAAGAACUGUAAAUUAUGUACUAUAGAGAAUUGUAAAUAUUGUUUUGAAUAUAUAAGUAAUGAUUUAACUAAAUCUACAUUAUAUUUGAAUUUUAAUUAAUUUGAUAUGAAUGAAUAUCAUAAAAUAGGAUGUGCAUAAUGCGAAGAUAAUUUUAUAUUUGAUUUUCAAAUUGGAAAAUGUCUAUAAAAAUAACCAUCAAUAGAAAAUUGUUUAAGAUCUUUUAUUAAUUUAUAAAAUAUAGAAGUAUGUACUUUAUCAAAAUAUGACAAUUUUAGUAUAGCUCCUGCAAUUAGUAACUGCUUAAACUAUAUCUAAAAUUGCAAAUAGUGUAUAUUAACCCCAGAAAAAGAAAUUAAAUGUGUGUUGUGUAAUGAUGGUUUUACAGCAUCUAUAUAAACAGGAUAAUGUUAUUUAUGUUCAAUUCUAAAUUCUAAAACAUGUAUAGAAGGAUAGGCUGCACUAAAAGAUGGCUGGGUAUAAUAGAUUUAAAGUUUUUUAAUGCAAUUUCUUAAUAAUUAUUUUUAUCCUACAACCAAAAAUUUUAAUAAAAUAGCUGAGCUACCUUAAGAAUGUUAAAAUGGAUUCAAACCUAUCUUCACAAUUUAUUGCCAUUAAUAUUGUGAACCAAGAUGUUUAUCUUGCAUUGAGCAUAACUAAUAAUUUUUUUGUAAUUAAUGCCCUUUAAAUUAUUAUAAACAACCAAUUAGAUCUUCAGAAAAAGGAAAAUGUCUUCAAUGUAGCUAAUUAUGCUUAGUAUGUUAAUCAAGAACGCCUGAAGAAAUUAAUGUAUAGAUUUUAUAUAAAUUAGAAUAUAAAUCCUAGCUUUAAAAUCACAGAUUCUAAUUCUUUUUACACACAUAAAUGCUUAUAAAAAGCAAAUGAUUAAAAUAUUGUUAUAGAUCCAUACACUAAUUUAGCAAAAUAUUGCUAUCAAACUUAAUGUAUUGAUACCAUAACUUUUAAGGUAUUUUAAUAUUAUUUUUUAGAUUGAUUUUGAUUAUAAUAGUUUUAUUGAAAUUUUUAGUAAAGAGUUUUAUAAUUAUUAUGAAAAUUUGAUUAAUAUUAUAUAUUGCAAUGAAUUUGGAAUAAAAGAACUUUUUAUAUAAGUUGAUUUUAAGAAAUUUAAUAUGAGAGAAUGCAAUCUUAUAUAAAGGAUUUUAAUUGAAAACAAUUUUAAAUAGAAAAUAUUUUCUCUUUAAAAAACCCACUUGUAACUUAUUGGAACUUCUGAUGAAUAAAAAUAAUUCAUCUCUUACCUUGAAAUAUAAAAUUUUGACUCUGUAGAGAUAAAUUCAGCUUAUUUUAAAAUUUAAGAAGAAUUUUUUAUUUCUUUAACAAAUGACAGAAAUCCAAUUGAAUUUGCAAUAAUGAAUACAAUCAUUAAUUCUAAAUAAUUUAAUCAAUUUGAAUAUUCCUUAAAAUUAAACAAUUAUAAAAAACUAACAAUAAAAAAUGUGACAUAUGAUGGAUUGUUAAUCAUAAAUUAGUCCCUUUUUGAUUAUCUUACAUUAGAAUUUGAUAGUUAAAUAUUAAUAGAAAAUCUAAUAAUUUAGAAUUCCUAAUUUAACUAUUCUAAUUUAUUUACUUUUCCUAAUUUAAAAACCACUAUAAAAAUUGACCAUUUAAAAAUUAAUAAUUGUUUCUUUUAAAAUAGUGCAGUAUUUUCAUUCUCUUCUUAUUUAACUGCAAAUGUUGAUAUAAUUUAAAUGUAGGUUUUAAAUACUUAUUUUGUUUUCUCAACACUCAUUUAUAUUUCAGGCAAAGUAAAGAUUACUCUAAGUUUGUCAUCAUUCAUUAGCAACUAUAUUUAUAGUUCAAAUAUUUUAUUUUUAGAUUAAACAUCAGAAAUAUCUUAAAUUUAACUUGA